AUGGACGGCAACGAUGACUGGCAAGAUUAUCUUCGUGCCUCUUAUGAGUCAGCCGCCUCGCACGUAUUAGACUUCCAUUUCAGUCUGCUUAAGCUUCUUUCCAGAUCAUUGCAUAUGUCUGGAGUUGGCGCUCUCUCUUUCAAUCCCACACCAGCAGCACCAUCACCUGCAGGCACUAAUGUAGGCGGAAAUGUCAUUGUCGGUACUGGUUAUGUUUACUCGCAUUCUGUUCCGAAUGAUACUGCAUUUUCAACAGGUUUUGCAAGCAUUAAUGAGCGCCCAACUCACCUAUCUAGUCGGCCACGGUUUUCUCCACUUCUACAGCCGUCUCCGUUAUUUUCACAAUCCCCUAGCCAGGCGGCUGGUGAACCAGGUUGCUUUCAAAGGGUGGGUGAUACAUCGACUAGCUUCAUCAAUCCACUUACCCGAAAUAUUGAAACUCCUUUGACACACACUCCAUUGUCAUCUCCCAUUUCUGGAGGCGCGAGUUCUCGAAUCUGCCGUUUUUUUUCCAGCAAGCGGCUUGCUCGAGGAGACACUAGCUCUAUCGAUUUGGUGCUUACUUUGCGGUAUGUUGAUCAUCGAGAUAGCUUCUCAACAUCGGCUAAUCGACAGGAU